UUUUUCUAAACAUACGUUUGCCUCACACGAAGAAACAAUGCUGCUUAAGAUCUGAAACGAUGCCGUAGAUUAGAUUCAACCCUUGUCUAAAACCCUAAUUUUUCUAAUCACCUCAAUUCAAUUCCAAUCCUUCCACCCUUCACCAAAAAGCAAUGUCAAAUUGAAAACCUCAGCAGCUGUAUUCACCUCCAAUGGAUGUGAAGGCUUUGGCGAAAUCAAAGAGAAACCACACGCAGCACCAUAGCAAAAAAUCUCCCCAUAGUCACAAGCCCAAAGCCCCAACAUCAUCAUCGUCUUCUUCUGUGGGCCCCAAUGACGCUGCGAAGAACAACCCGUUGGGGAAGCAGCAAGUGAGCCAGAAGAAGAAAAGCCACCGUUCCGCGCUUCCCUCGAAUUGGGACAGGUACGAGGAUGAGGAAGAAGAAUUGGAUUCUGGGUCCGGAAUUGCGAGCAAAACCGUCGAUGUUGUCUUGCCCAAAAGUAAAGGUGCGGACUUUCGCCACCUGGUUGCAGAGGCUCAGUCUCAAGCGGAGACGAGUUUAGAGGGAUUCCCUGCUUUCGAUGAUCUUCUUCCUGGGGAGUUUGGUGUGGGAUUGAGCUCUAUGCUUGUGGUCAGGGGAGAGGGCAUUGUCUCCUGGGUUGGAGAUGAUAACUUCGUUGUAGAUGAUAAGACAACUGGAAAUCCAGAGGCAUCAUUUUUGUCCUUGAAUUUGCAUGCUCUAGCUGAAAGUUUUGCCAAAGUUGACUUAUCAAAGAGAUUAUUCAUUGAGUCUGACCUAUUACCCACUGAGUUGUGUGUGGAGGAGUUGGCAGUGAGCAGCAAUGAAGAGCACGAGGAACUGAAAACUAAAGAGGACAGUGAACUAGCCAAUAGGAUGUCUAAAGAAUUAGAUUUAGAUGAUCUAGCUGCAGAUCAGUUUACAUCAUCUAGUUCCAGUAGCAGUAGCCAUGCUGUUUCUACAUUCCCCUUGUCCAACAACGUCUUUCACAUUCCUGUAAACUAUGUCAAUGCUGAAGCUCAGCAAACUAGCUGUUCUAGUAAAAAUAAAGCAUUUGUUCCAUGUUCAGAUGCUAGUUUACAUUCUACUGAAGAUGCAAGAGGGAAACAGUACUCAGCAUUUGGGGCUGCUGAUGUUGAAAAAGAACUAGAUAUGCUUCUAGAUUCACUUAGUGAGACCAAGAUUCUAGAUUCUUCGGGCUUUAAGUCCUACACCUCGAUUCCGGUUUCAUUGGGAGUCUCUUCUGUGUAUCCUCAGGUUUCAAAGAAAGAUCCAGUUCCAUCCAAAACUGCAUCAAUUACUGCUAGUCUAGAUGAUGCACUUGAUGAAUUGCUGGAGGAAACAUCCACUUUGAUGAAUCCAAAUGUUUUAUUACGGCCACAGGAAGAAAAACCUUUCCAUCACAGCAUGCAAUCUUCUUCACAUUCUGGAAACAAGUCCAAAGUGGCUGAUGAUUUUGAUUCAUGGUUUGAUACACUUUGAUUUUAUAAGUCUUGUAAUUCUUGCUAAUGUGUUGUCUGAUGUGGUUCAUUACUGCUUAUGCUAAGAGUGGCCUUGCCCUCAACACCAGACACUGGUGCUUGAAAAAUGACCUUUUUUUUUUAACAAGGAGGUCUAUAAAUUGCCCCCGUCUGGUAGAGCUUUGAAAGUUGAAACAAUGAGUACAAUUAAAACAUCAUAGCUAUUCUGUACAGAAUUAUGCUUAUAAAACGCAUCAACUUUUUUUUUAUCUAGA